UAGUUGCUACCUUUCUCAUCCAUAAACUUUUAAUUUCUUGUACUGUUUUUCUCUUUCAUUUCAUCAUCCACAUAAAAUAAAACAGAGUGUUCUGUAUCUCUAAUUGCAGAACAGAACAGAACAGUAUAAUGGCAAACAUUGCAGCUAGUGGGAUAGUUCAUGAACCACUAACAAAAGACAACUACGAUAAUUGGAGCUGUCUAGUGAGAAACUAUCUUUUGGGGCAUGGUCUAUGGGGAGUUGUGAUUUCUAAUGCUGAAAUGGGUGUAGGAUCCAAAGAAGAAAUUGAGAUGUGGGAGAUGAAGAAUGCGAAGGCUUUGCAUAUUAUUCAACUAGCAUGUGGAUCAGAGAAUCUUGCAGAUAUUAAAGAUCUCCAUACUGCCAAAGAAGCUUGGAACAAUUUUAGCACAUCAUACAGCUCAGAAUUGAAAGCAGAGUCAGACAUUGAACAAGGUGUGGUGGACGAUACUCUCCAUGGCAAUAGAUUGCUCCAUAGGAAUAUUGAGAGUGGUGAAUGGAGUAAUGCAAAAGCAAUCAUGAUUAAUGAUGAAACGGGCAUGGCUAUGUUUUCCACCUCUACUUCAGGUAGGACUAUUCUUCAUGUUGCAGUGAUUGCUGGCCACAAGGAAAUUGUGAAGAAUUUGUUGAAGCUGAAAAGGAAAGAUGAGUUAGUGAAAAUGCAAGACAAUCGUGGUUACACAGCCCUAGCUCUUGUUGCUGAGUUGUCUGGAAACACCGAUAUAGCAAAGUGUAUGGUUGAAAUGAAAGGAGGGGAACUCAUCGGACAAGACUUGUUAUCUAUGAAGAACAAUGAUGGUGAAAUUCCUAUUCUUCUUGCGGCAGCUAAGGGGCACAAAGAAAUGACUAGUUAUCUUUUUACUAAAACUGAGUUGAAAGACAUGACUCAUGAUAACUUCCACAACGGUGUUUUGCUUUUAACUCGAUGUAUUAAUGCGGAAAUAUUUGAUGUGGCUUUGAGUUUACUCCAACUAUUUCCGGAUUUGCCACUUGCCCACAAAUCCAAAUCCGAUGGUGUGCAACCCUUGUACGCAUUGGCGCGCAUGUCUUCUAUGUUCCGUAGUGGCAGCAGAUAUGGACUAAUACAGCAAUUCCUUUACAAAAUUUUGAGAGAAAAAAAAGUCCAACUCCCUGGGAUAGCUGUGACUGUAACAAAGGUUGCUCAACAAGAAAAACAACCCAAAACAUCUUUCACGGAAAUGAAGAAAACAACAAUCGAGUCCAUUACAACAAAAGAACAAAAGAAAAAUAAGGAAAGUAUAAGAAAUACUACUCAAAUACAACAAAAAUUCUCUCUUUCUUCUUUAGGAAGGAUCUUUGGAUGGAUGCUCAAUAUUCUGAAAAUUUCGCAAGUACAACUCUUACGUCGAUUACUUAUGCAUGUUUACAUGAAAUUUCAGGAUUUAGUAAUACUAAAUCUGUCCGGUAAGUUUUGUAAGCUUUUGACUCUUUUUCAUAUAAGACCAACCACUACUAUGGGAGGAGGGAAAUAGAUUUGCUGUACACUGAAUCAACGGAUAAGAUUAUUUAUCCAUAUAUUUAAUUUGGACCGACUGAUUUAAAUUUAAUGGCUAAGAUUUAAAUUUGAUGGCCAAUGAUAUAUAUUGAUUUCAUUCUUGUUGUACUAUUAAUUAAUCUAUAUAUAUCAACUUGAGCACACUAACUAAUUCCUUCCAUCAAAUUAUGUAA